GGCCCUGAUCUGCCCCGGGGUGGCCGUGCUGUGCCCCGGGUAGCUGUGCAGAGCUCCGGGCCGACACAGCCCCAACCCCUCGGGCCCCCUCCCUGAGCCCCGGCCCGGCCCGGCCAUGCGGCGGGAGUGUGGCCAUGUGCGGGCCAAGCUCCUCCCCGCCGCCGCCGCCCCUCGCCGCGCCGCGGGGACGUGCAGUGGCUCGGCGGGCCAUGGAGGCGGGCGGUGGGGCCGGAGCCCGGUGCCCCGCGCUGCUGCUGCUCCUGCUGGCGGCAGCGCUGGGAGGAGAGGCGGAGGCGGAGGAGCCGCGGCCGGCGCGGCAGCGCGGGGACGAGCAGUGCCAUUACUACGCGGGCGGGCAGGUGUACCCGGGGGAGGCGGCCCGGCUACCCGUCUCCGACCACUCGCUGCACCUCAGCCAGGCCAAGAUCUCCAAGCCAGCACCUUACUGGGAGGGAACAGCAGUCAUUAAUGGAGAGUUUAAAGAGCUGAAGCUAACAGAUUAUGAAGGAAAAUAUCUUGUCUUCUUCUUCUAUCCUCUUGACUUUACAUUUGUCUGUCCAACUGAGAUAAUUGCCUUCAGUGACCGAAUUGAAGAAUUCAGAGCAAUAAAUACUGAAGUAGUAGCAUGUUCUGUGGACUCAAAAUUCACUCACUUAGCCUGGAUUAAUACUCCUCGUAAACAAGGAGGACUUGGACCAAUGAAGAUUCCCCUUCUUUCUGAUCUGACACACCAGAUUUCAAAGGAUUAUGGAGUGUAUCUGGAAGAUCAAGGACAUACACUCAGAGGCCUUUUCAUUAUUGACAAUAAGAGAAUCCUUCGACAGAUCACAAUGAAUGACCUUCCUGUUGGGAGAUCAGUGGAUGAAACACUUCGUUUAGUGCAAGCAUUCCAGUACACAGACAAACAUGGAGAAGUUUGCCCUGCUGGUUGGAAACCUGGCAGUGAAACAAUCAAACCAGAGGAAGCCAUGAGAGUGUGGUGGCCAAGGGAAGAACUAUAAUUCCAGAUCCAGCUGGAAAACUGAAGUAUUUUGAUAAACUAAACUGAGGCUCACUUCUGUUGAAUUCAAUAGGUCACAUCCAACUUGAUUUUUGCCAAUAAAAUUUCAUUAAUUUUGGUA